CCCAUAGCCCCUUCUGAUGCUUGUGUCCCCCAAAUGGUAGAUUAUUCGAGGCAAAAGUAGAAUCAGCUGGGCACGGGUUGGCUGGAGCCGUUGAUACCGUGACGCAGCUGUCAUUGCGCCAUUGUCCAGUGAACCAAGGACUAGGAACAGGAGUAUUUGGGAUAUGAUACCAAACUGGCCCAGGGCACCUGCUAGUGGUUUUCUCCUUGUAGUGUCCGCACAGUGAGGGUAGUUUCUCUGCUGUACAGCGCAGGAUGGCUGGCAGAUAUCGCAGUGAGGAUGAAGAGGACCUUCAGUUUGCUGACCAUGACUAUGAGAAUAGCCUUCAAAAAGGGAUGAAAAAAACCUGGAACAGAGUAAAAUGGACAAAAGAAGAGGAUGACAAGCUAAAGCGUUUGGUUCAAAAGCAUGGAUCAGAAAAUUGGGCCUUGGUCUCCAGGCAUUUUCCUAGUCGUUCAGAUAUUCAGUGCCAGCAUCGAUGGCAGAAAGUUUUAAAUCCUGAGCUUAUUAAAGGUCCAUGGACAAAAGAGGAAGAUCAGAGGGUUAUAGAGCUGGUUCAGAAAUAUGGCCCAAAAAGAUGGUCACUAAUUGCAAAACAUUUGAAAGGAAGAAUUGGCAAGCAAUGCCGAGAGAGAUGGCAUAACCAUUUAAACCCGGAGGUCAAAAAGUCCUCCUGGACAGAAGAGGAGGACCGCAUCAUAUAUGGAGCCCAUAAGCGUAUUGGGAAUCGCUGGGCUGAAAUCGCAAAGCUGCUUCCUGGAAGGACUGAUAAUUCAAUCAAAAACCAUUGGAAUUCAACAAUGAAACGAAAAGUGGAACAAGAAGGCUACUUACAAGACACCCCCGCUCGUCAAAGUCCAUCUGUACAUCAGCACAAAGACCAUAUGCAAACACAGAAUCACUUUUACAUGCCAGUCCAAACGCAAAUUCCGGGGUACCAUUAUAUGUCUGUUGAUGACCAAGGUCUAGAAAAUGUACAGAAUUCUUUUGCUUUUAUUCAGCGGCCUUUUGUUGAUGUGGAUGAUCCUGAUAAAGAAAAGCGAAUAAAAGAACUUGAGUUACUGCUUAUGUCUGCUGAGAAUGAAGUCCGGAGAAAGCGAUUCUCAUCUACUGGAAGUUUUUCAAACUGGUCAGGGAGCUAUCUUAUUGAGGAUAGCACGUGCAAUACUCUAAAUAGCUUUGAAGAGGAAGUAAGUGGGUUCUAUAGUAUGGAUGAGACAAGGAGCACACCUCUUCAGCAGAGCUCACCAAACAAGAUUUUGACUAUGGAAAGGAGUGCCACAUUGUCAUCCUUAGACGUAAUACCAGAAUUUGCAGAAACAUUAGAUCUAAUUGAAUCUGACCCUGUAUCAUGGAGCAGCGUAGCCAGCUUUGAUGUGUCUAUUAUUGCUUCUCCCACAAAACUUACACCAAUAAAACUCAUACAGACUGAACACCAAAAUUCAGUGAACACUUCUUUAAAUUGUGGCUUGGGGCCAACUGAAGGGAUCAGUUCUGCUGAUACAAUUGGUAAACUGGUGCCCUGCGCAUCUCCAGCCAUGUCCAAGUUCAGCACGCCGCCUGCUAUUCUAAGGAAAAAGAAGAUGCAUGUUGGUCAAUCAUCUACUCCUAACAUGAAUGAAGGGUUUGGGGGCUCCAACAAUGUUGUACGAAAGUGCACGCCAGUAAAAACACUACCAUUUUCCCCUUCACAGUUUUUUAACAUACAUUCUGGAAAUGCCCAGGAGCAAUUUAGUCUUGAAACUCCCUCUUUCACUUCAACUCCAAAAUGUGCAAAGAACGGUCCAAAUUCCUUAAGGAAGCAAUUGACUCCAACAGAAGAAGAAAAGGAAAAUAUUGGGACACCUACUACAAAAAGAUCAUUACUAGGAUCAAUGCCAAGAACACCAACCCCUUUUAAAAAUGCCCUUGCUGCACAAGAAAGAAAAUAUGGACCCCUAAAAGUAGUGGUUCAAGCCUUAGACUUUCAUGAAGAAGAUAUACGUGAAGUACUAAAGCAAGAAACUGGAAAAGAUGUGUUCAUUAAGGAGGAAGUGCCACAUGUUUUAAAAACCUGCUCACAAGAGAAUAAUUCUGCAUUUAAAAAAGUUAGAAAAUCAUUGAAACUGGAUGCUUUGGAUAAAGAAGAACUUGGUGCUCGGCCAAUACCUGAAGAUGAUCUGGAUUUACACAAUGAAAACAUGCUUUCAACACCAUUAUUAAUGAUCCCAUUAGUGGAGAGAUCAGACUGGAAAGGUAACCUCGAUGUUGAGGGAGAACAAGUACAUUUUCUGCAGAAGAAAAAAUCCAAUCCUGAUUUACAAAAUGUCAAAUUGGAAAAACCAUUUCAAUCAAUAGGUGAAUGGGAAGCAGUUGUUUAUGGAAAGACCGAAGAUCAGCUAAUCAUGACGGAGCAAGCAAGACAAUAUCUUGGUGCCUUCAAACCAACAACCAGCACUACAUCAAGACACCUAGUUUUAUGAAUGUAGAACUAUAAUUGGAGGAGCUCAUUGAACCCCUUUUAUUAACUCUGUGCACUAAAAUAAGACUUUUGUAAUUUUAUAUCAAUUUUAUGUCCUGCACUGCUUUUUAAAACAAGGUAAACCUUUCAGCAUUACUACUAAUUAUAACCAACUCCAAAAACAGCAAAGUCGUUGGUUUCUUUGCCUCACAUGGAAUCAUUGAGGAACUGUUUUCUUUAUUACAAACAUGGAAAUCAAAAUAGAAACAUGGAGAAGGAAAUUGAUUUUAUCUUCCAUAUUUGCAGAGACUGAUGUUUUUAAUGAAAAAUAACUGAAUCGGACUGAAUGUCGGUCUUGGCUAAAACAGGUGAACUACAUCAGAUUACCAACCUCACUGCUCAAUAUAAAGGGAAUCUGUGUGUGUCUAUGUAUGUGUUAUAUAUAUAUAUAUAUAUAUAUAUAUAUAUAUAUAUAUUAUAUAUAUAUAUAUGUGU